AACUAGUCCCCAACUCAUCAGUAAUUCGCGUCACAGAAUCGCUUCUCUCUCGACCGAAGAAAGGUACUUCGAGAUCCCAAUCAUUGUCCUAUUGGAUCCAAGCUGCUUGAAAUCAAAUGAGUGUCAUGGCGAACAAAUCAUACUACAAGCAACGAAUCCAAAAGAUGCAGAAAGAGAUUGAUGAGGCUGGUAAAGAAACCAAGGUCUUGCGAGAUUUGGACAUCUUUGUGUUGGAUAAUUCCCUCCGUGAAAGUACCGUGGGCCAGUUGCGAGGGCACACUAUUGAGAAUAAGUGGAGAAUUUACAACGAGAUAAAAAAGGUUGGCUUCAAGAACAUCAUCGUGGCUUCUUUCUCCCACAUGACUCGACUGGGUGAUACUUUCAUCAAACAGCUGCACGAGAAAGGAGAAGACUUCACCAAUCUCUGGGCCUUCUCAGAGUUUCUAGAUUCCGUUGACAAAAGUGGGGUUCCUAACACCAAGACCAUUCCUGUUGGCUUACGGAAAAUGAAAGACCUCCACAUCAGGAACGCCAUCAUCGAAAUGGAUUUGGUUUAUGCAGGAAUCAAUUAUAAGAAGUUCAAAGUUGAAGCCAUUAACGACCUUCUUACCGAGAGGUUGAAGUGGGUCCAUGCUAACCUGGCCAAAGAUUCCAAAGUAGUCGUCAACUUGCGUGACCUUCCCGACGGUAUGAUCAAAAGGCCAAAGCGUGUUUUUAAGGUCAUACGUCACUUAUCUUCCUUGCCACUUGAUAUCCGUCCAUUUGGAAUCGUUACCGAGGAGUCCGGAAAGUACUUCCCAGAGCAACUUGCAGCAUGGAUUAGUGCUGUUCGAAGAGAAAUGGAUGACUGUGGUUUCAAGGAUGGCCACUUACUGGUUCACGUGCACGAGAAGUGGGGACUGGUAGACAGCACUCAGUUGUCAUGUCUGGCCAACGGAGCAAAUGGUAUCUGGGCAAGUAUGAUUAUACAAGGAGCAUCCAUGGGUGCAGCCAGCUCUACCGUAACCCUGAUGAACUUGGUCCGCGUUGGAAAUAAGAAAGUUCUCAAGAAGUACAAUUGCACAGCCCUCCGAGAAGCUGCACAAGAGAUCUGCAGGGCCACCACUGGACAAGAGCCAUAUCCACUGCAACCCAUAUACGGCGAACGAGCCCUGGACAUGGUGUUCAGUAUGCCUACUAAACUUGGAAUUAACGAGUUCGACUUGGCCAAGUUCUUUGGGGAAAAGCCACUCAUGCGAAUGACCACACUGGCCUCUGCUGAAAUGAUCAUAACAAGGCUCAAAAAUAUCUUUGGAGAAGAUCCCCAAUUUACCAUCGAACGAGGCACGAGAAUGAAGGAGGUGAUGUUGGAGGAUCUUCACAAAAACAUCAAAGAAGAGUACAUGAGUGCCGCAGGUCUUGCUCAGCUGUUUGACCGUUCUGGUGGUAAACUCACUGGAGAAAUGGCCGAUGUUCUAGCCCAAGACGAACCAAGGAAGGCCCAUGCUCAGGUAUUGAUAGCCGAAGUCCGUACGAUGUGGGAUGAAUGGGAUCUGAGGGAUGGCGAGAGGGAUGACAAGUUGGAAUUUGAUGCUUUCUACAAUGGCUUCUUGGCACCAUAUUUUGGUUGCUACAGGUGUGACGAGACGAAGCAAGCCUUGAAAGCUAUGGACAUGGAUGAAGAUGGGACCGUGGAUUGGAAUGAAUUUGCCGUGUACCUGAAGUGGGCUAUGCGACAGUAUCCCGAGACCAAGACCGCUGAGGAUCUCCUUUCUGUUGCUUUCCGCAAGGGUCUCAUUCCGGCCAUGCAAGACGAGGUGAUCACUAAGGAAUGCGAGUCUGAGCCCAUGCAAACACGAUGAACAUUCUCUUAACCUGCGGGAAUAGAAACUGACUAUCUUCCACACAUGGUGAAAGCGAUUUGACUACAGUUUUGGGCUAGGUAGCCAAUAUCGAUAGACAAACAUUUUUUUUUUGUGUUGGACCUAACUCUUGGUCAUUGCGAUAGUCGAUUUUCUGUGGCCUUUUGAGGCUUAUGUAGCAUUUAAGUUGUUCAUUAAUCAUAGAUGCCACGCUAAUACUCCACGCCACUUCAAUGGUGUAAUUUCUUUAUUUCAGUAUGAUUAUAGGUACGAUAACCUUUUCUCGGUAAAAAACUGAUGAGAUGAUUAUCUAGAAUAAAGGAUGUGUUGCUUUAAAUGA